CACCUGAAUUUUACGAUGAAAAAAUCGCAACUUUCAAAAGACCAAAAUGCCCUUGAUAUUUGUUACAUACGGACCAAAAUACCCUCCACCAGCUAUCAGUGCUCAAGAGCUAGCUUCUCUCAUUUCUCCCGCUGCAUUUCGGGAAGCAAAACGAUGCAACGGCCGUCUCUGUUUCUGUCUACGCCAACUCCCGUCUCCAUCCUUCCCUACCAUUCUCUAAACGCGAAAUCCCUCCUUCGGAAGCAUUGCAGGAGCUCUUCUAUCAUCCAUCCAUGGACCAAACAACCCUUCACUUGCUCCCUCUUUUCCAGAACUACCCCUUAUCUGGAAUGUCUUCAUAGCACAGAGGUUCAAGCCAUUGCCGAAACCAUUCCGGAUGCAUCAGAAUUCAUUGAAAUUGGGUAUGUCUGUAACGUUCAUGGGCUCAAUGGGGAGCUCCGUGUGAAACCGACCACUGAUUUUCCUGAAUUGCGAUUUAUGGAGCCAGGGACAAGAUGGUUGAAAGUACGAGUUUCAGGGAAGGAAACUAUUCAGGAAGUUGAGCUGACUGAGGGAAGAGGUCACCCUGGACAGAGGAAUUGGAUACUCAGUUUCAGGGGGAUUGAUACAGUGGAUAAGGCCAGGCAAAUUGUCGGAUCGACUUUACUUGUAAGGGAAACAGACAGGCCAGCGUUGGAGGAAGGCGAGUUCUACAUUCCUGAUCUUGUUGGCAUGAGGGUUGUUCUUAAGGAGACAGGCAAACCAGUGGGCACUGUUGUUAAUGUUUUCAACUCCGGGGCAAGUGAUCUUUUACAAGUAAUGCUUAAUUCAGCUGAGGGAAGAUUCGACCGCUCUGGUUCAUCAGAGACAGAAAGUGGUCCCUCUGGCCCCCUUGUGUGGGUUCCAUUUGUUGAAGCAAUUGUUCCAGAUGUUGAUAUGAAUAGGAGAGAAAUGCGGAUUACACCUCCAAAGGGGCUGCUUGAAUUGAAUAUACGUUCUGAUGGGAGGUCCAAGAAAGAAAGACGCCAGUUGGAAUGGAAACAGAGAAAGAAAGCCCAGCAACGCUUUAUCACAGCAAAAAAGAAGCUGAAUGAAUUGGGGCAGCAACAUCUCCUGCAAGGAUUUUCAUCUGGAGACAAGGCCCAAAAGAACUCCCUUGCAAAUCAGAUUGUGGGUAUUAAUUUCAAAUUGCUGCAACAGGCAAUUCAGAAUAUCGAUAAGCCUUCCAUUAGAUAUAACUUGAGAGAUUUUAUUAAUGCUAAUUCAAUUGAGCUAUUGAAUAACACUUUGAGAAUAUCAAGUGAAGACAAGCUGGAAGCAGAUCACCAACUGUACAAAAGGGGACUUCAUCUCAUGUCUGAAGGGAACGUUGCCAUUAUUUUGGUAACGGAUGGAAACAAUGAUAAUGGAAGUGAGUAUGAUUUUGACGCGGUUGGUUGCAGUGGUGUUGAGCAUCAAUCCAAUAUCUUACAGCUCCUGGAGUUACUUCUCAAUGAUAAGAAAUUCCCUAAGAUGAUAGAAGAAUGGCGUACUUCCAUACCUCUGAUUAUAGUUUCCGCUGCUCAGGAUAUCCAGUCUUCUCAAGAACAUUUUUCCGAUCAUGACUACUUUGGUUUUGACCAAAAAAAGGUCUGGUUCUUGGAAGAAGAGAAGCUACCAGUUGUGAGGAGCUCACUAACAGCACAAAACAGGCACGAGAUUUUGUUAAAAUCUCCGUGGGAAAUACUCCAGUCGCCGGUAGGAUCUGGAGGAGUCAUCAGCUUACUUUCUUCUCAUGACAUUGUACAGAAUCUUACUGAAAUGGGUGUACAGUAUGUGGAGGUAUGCAGAUUGGUUCAAAGAUCCGCCGUUGGGCAUCCGUCAUCUUUUGGGUUUGUUGAUUUGAAGGAUGCAGAUAUUGGGAUCAAAAUCUGGGACGACAGCGGAGACGCAGAUGAUUAUAAUCUUGACAUGAUAUUCUCCAUGAGAUUUCUGCAGAAGAUUACCAAACAGAUUGAUAAACUCCACUUCUAUGCUGCACCGAAACAAAAUUCGCAUAUUGAGAAGGUUGGCGAGGAAUGGGUUGAUGUCCAUCCCACAUCACCGAAUUCAUAUCACCUGCAUUGUUCGAUUUACAGCUGCUUGAACAUUUGCUCUCCUGAUAAAAUCUGUCUAAUGCAGAUUGCAGAUUGAUUUUUGUAACGAUGAGAAUGGUGCAUAGCAUAGUAUGCUAAUGAGAAUGGUGUAUAGCAUAGUAUGCUAGAUUGAUAUAGAGUUUUGGGAGGUAAACCUGAGGUUUGUAUUUGUGUGAAUUGAUUUUGAAGUGCUUGAGUUAAUGUGAUUAUGCCAUAAGAUACAGCCAUUAUGUUGCU